AUGAGCAGCUACGUUGGCUUUGGCUUUACCAAAGAAAAUCGAGAUGACAGAGAAUGUGCUCAAUGCAUGUAUUGCUCGUAUGUAAUGAGCAAUGAAUCAUUACGUCCAUUCAGACUCCAAAACCACCGUGACAAAAAUCAUCCCCAUGUAAAAGACGUUGAUAUUGAUGCAUUGGCUGCCAAGCGAGUCAGAUUCGACAAGGAGGCAACAUUGACAAAUUUCGGGUUUCUGACGGAGGAAAAGCCUGCUUUAGAAUGCAUUUAUGAAGUGGCAUAUCGUAUCGCAAAGUGCAAAAAGCCGCACACUAUUGCCGAGGAUCUUAUCAAGCCAUGUGCGGAGAAAAUGGUGGAACUGCUGAUAGGUCCCAAAGAAAAAAGAAAGAUGCAGCAAGUUCCUCUUUCCAAUAGUACAAUCCGUCGACGUAUUGAUGACAUGGCAGCCGAUGUAUGCCAACAAGUUUGCUCUGAAAUCAAGCAAAGUCGCAAUGUCACAGCCAGUGACGUCCAGGACGAGCUCGCCGGAAUAUGUGCUCGAAUGGGGGUUUGGCAAAAAGGAAUCAAGUUGGGAUCAACUGCAUCGUUUCCUCUGUUAGACGAGUAUUUGCUGACUAAAACAGUACAGUGGCAUGAAGACAUCAAAACUAUUAUCAUUGAACAUCUCGAGAUAGUUUCUGCUGAGUUCGAAUUGUAUUUUCCAGACAAACCCAUACAUAUUCCGUGGUAUAAAGACCCAUUCGUCACUGAAAUAUGUCCGAUAGAUGAAGAAGCAGAGGAACUGGCAGAACUGAUAUCUUCGAAUGCGAUGAAAUUGACUUUUAAGAAUAAGGAAGACAUUUCGAGUUUCUGGUUAUCUCUUUGGGAUUCUUACCCACUACUUAGUAAGAAAGCUUCUUCAUUACCAGUUCAAUUUGCCACAACCUAUUUGUGCAAAUCUGGUUUUUCUGAGCUUGUUACCAUCAAAACAAAAUCUGGAAACCGUCGUGAUGUUGACCUUGACAUACGUCUGGCUAUAUCAAAGACGAUUCAGAUGACUUAUUUCUAUCAUGCAAGAAUCAACACGAAAGCACGGAAAUUGACAAACGUGUAUAAUGACAAUCGUAACAAAUGUAAUUAUACACAUAAGAAUGGAUACAAGUGA